UCCGAAAAUCGCAUCAAAAGUGGCACUGGACCAUAAGUAAAAAUUUUAAAGCAGUGAUUUUUGACUAUAGACCAAUUGGAAAAGCAUGUAUACUAUAUAGUAUGUGCAUAAAACCAGUGUACAUGUAUACACACAUACACACACUCGCAAGCACAUACAUUGGUUUGCACAUUUUUUCCACAUCUGUGUUUUUCUGAAUAAUAUACAUGUACAUAUGUCUAUCCAUUCAGUUGAGCAAUAAUAGUCUGUUUUUUUGCGCCGUGACUUUUGUAAUUGGAUUCGGUUAUAUUUACUUUGAGCACCACGCUUGAAAAUUAUAGUAUAUUUAAGUGGGCGCUUUCAAAGGAUAAUAAAACAGAGCAGUGACAAACAACAAAUAACGUGUAGUACGUAACGUAUUAACAAGCUAAUGCUAUUGAAAAUAACAAAGAAAUACAAACAAAAUCAAUAAAACCCCUUGAGUUCAAAAAAGUGAGACUGCAUGGCCAUUUGGAAAUUUUGUGCCACAAGAAGCUCUUCAUAAAUUCAAAGUGUUUCCUUACGGGACUCAAUGUCAGCCAAUUGAUUGACAAAUUGUUCGAACACACACACACUCUCCUAUUGUGCAGUUGCUUGUGUAUAUUCUGGUGUUUUUUCUGCACCUUGAUCCUUGUGGUCGGUAGCUGCAACAUCAGCAUCAUGGGAACACGGCAGCGUAUGCGCCAUAAGCCGCUUUGGGCUUUUAUAUCCUUGACCGUUUUGCUGCUGGUCCUAGAUAGGAGCAGUGCGAACACCAAUGGCAAUACAGAGAACACGGAGUCAACAACCACGGUUGAGCCAGACGCCUCGCCCGGUUGCCGUGCGCCCGAUAUGCGGUUUACUAUUGUGAAGCCGGAAACGACCACGGAACAGCCCUAUGCCAAAUUCGAGACCACACAAGUCUAUUUGCCGGAGGAUUUUACGACAGCAGACGUAGAAUUUGUGGACAAGCUGCAUGUCGACACAGUUGGUCGGCACGCUAGCGAGAAUCAUGCGGCCAUAGUCAAUCCCUACCAGAUUAACUUGGACGAUGAGAGAGACAAUCAUGAGUUGCAUGCGGGCGAUGCGGCAGGCCUAACCGAAGAAGACGAUGUCGAAGAGGGCAUUGCCGAGGAAGGUACCUACAAACGCAUGAACAGCAACCGAAAACAGGGCAAGAAGCGUCGUUCCGGCUCUGGGAGGCGACGUCGCAUUGAGAAUGACAAUGGGCAGACAGGACGUGGACGCGGCAGUCGCUAUAAGCGGCAUGCCAUCCUACACGAUGCGGAGGCCUCGCCGGAAACGGACCGUUGGGCCGGCAGCAAGCUGGCCGCUGAGGGCGAUGUGUAUUACGUGCACAUUGCAGACAUCCUUAAAUCGCGAGAGGCCAACCCAGAAUUGCGGAUGAAGCUGCACAAGAUGAAAAGCCAGGCACGACGCAGCAAGUGCCCGAAAGAGGGAGGCGCCGAGAUGUGUAACAAGGUGAAAAAGCCGAAGAAGAAAUAUAGUAACAUGGCUGACAAGCAGCAGGAUAAAAAGAUUAAGUCAACUAAUGGCCAAUGGCAACAGCAGACCAAGAAGCAGGAGGCGAAGGAGAAGGAGCAGGAGGAGGAGGAGGAGGAAGAACAGUCGCAGCAUUAUCGCCGACGCGGUGACAGUCACGAUGCUGAGCUCGACCAACGUGACAUCAAUCCGCGUUGGCGUAGCCGCCGCAGUGUUGACAUUGGCAAUGAUGAGGCAGCCAAUAGUAAUAAUAGCGAUGGCAACAUUAAGGAGCCGAUGCCGCUUGAUCAACUGCAAAUGGAGUCAACACUGACCGGCGAGGAGUACGUCAAUCAGUCGAGCAGUGCAGCAGUGGCCCUGCAACGUGUCAAGCGCAAGUCGGGCAAGACCACGGGUGCACUGAGCCGUCCCAAGGGUGGUGGAGACUCAAGCUCUAAAACCACCAGUCGCAAGGAUAAGGGCAUUUACGAUGAGGAGGCUGGCUACUCACCCGUGCACCCGGAUGAUACCGAUUCGGAUGAAGAGGAGGACGAGGACGAGGAGGUGGAUAUACUGCAGCAAUUCACCGAAGUAUCUGAAAUACGUUUCCCGGGCGAAAUUGGUCCGAUGGGGGAUCGCCGAUUGUGCAAAAUACGGUGUGUGAAGGGGAAAUGGGUUGGACCGCUCUGCGCUACCAACGAGGAGGAUGAUAAUGGGAACGUGAAGUUUCAGCCAUUGUACAAGAGCUGUCAUGUUAAUCGUAUACCACCACAUCUCUUACUCAGCUAUCGAAACAUCUCAGUGACACCGAUACCACCAAAUCGCGGCUGGCGUAAAACGCGCACUUCCAAAUCAACACUUCUCUCAAAUACAGAAAUUAAUGUUGGCUGGGAUCUGCCACAUGGACACUCGCUGCAGGCGCGCUGCCAGGAAUUGGGCAUCUAUAAGCUGCUUGGAGAAUCGCGUGUUCUAUGCUCCAACGGCCUUUGGGCACCCCGAAUGCCUUCCUGCGUGCCCACCACAGUCUUGACCAACUACUCGGAGGAUAGUGCGCCGUCCAUACGCAUAAAAGUCUUCAAUGGCUCGCACUCCUUCGAGCCAUCCGGGGUUAUAGCCGUGCCACCACACACCACCUUACUGAUGGAUUGCAUGUACCCACGAGUUAGGGGCACGCCCGAGUGGAGCUGGACCAGCUGGUACAUGCAGUACACCACAGUCUUGCUUCCAGGCUGGUCACCAAUAGCUGAAGAGAAAGCCGUACGAUAUCGCUUGAGUAUCAAAAAUAUUGAAAAUAAUGAUUCUGGCACCUUUACCUGCACCUCACCCCGCGGUCUUACUAACAGCAUCACCGUUGUUGUGGCCACUUCGAUAUGUCCGCAGCUCCCAGAGCCGCUGGCUCCGCUCAAGCUGCGUCUCGAGGGCAAUAAGCUGGGCCAAAGAGCGCACUACGACUGUCCCGAGGGUUUUCGGCUGGAUGGCUCCUUUAAUGCCACCUGCCUAGCCUCUGGCAAUUGGUCAUCGCCUACUCCAACAUGUAACUCUAUUCAAUGUCCGCGCCUGGUGCUCGAGGACGAGCAUCUCAGUCUAAUUGAGCUCAAUACCUCGGCAUGGGGAAGAGCUGUGUUCAAAUGCCAGUGGGGCUUUAAGCUGACGGGACCAGCGGUGCUGGAUUGUGAGCCGACGGGCGUUUGGAGUGGCCCCGUACCACGUUGCAAAGUUAUUCAAUGCGUCAUGCCUGUUCCACCUCUAAACGGCCGCAUUGGGGGUACAAGUUUGAGUCAACGACGCCUCACGGUUGGUGCUUUGGUCACGUUCAGUUGCAAUGAGGGGCACACCCUAGUAGGGGAGUCUAGUAUCAUUUGCACGGAGAAUGGAUUCUGGUCGCAUUCGCCGCCAUUUUGCAAAUCGCAGUGUCCGUAUCCUGGCGACCCGCCCAAUGGGUUAAUCGCGCCUCUGAAAUUCAAUUACGAUGCCGGCGAUUAUUUGAGCGUACAGUGCAGGCCAGGUUUUGUGCAGACGAACGAACAUAAUAGUGGUCCUCCAGAGCGGCCGAAAUGCCAGCCCGAUGGAAAAUGGUCCGGUCCCCUCCCUAAAUGUCGCAACUACGAGGAAGUGUAGCUUCAGCUUCAGCUUCGCGCCGACAACAGCUUUGUUGAUGAAGAAAAGGCCUAGAAGGUAGUCACAGGUAUUGGCACGCUUGAACUACUCGUAUAUUUCAAUUCGAGUAGGCCAACCAAAUUCUGUUAUAUAUAGAACUAUAUACACUACAUAUACUAUAUACACGAAAAUCCUACUAAUUCUAUUAUAUACAUUUGAUUGCAACUUUGGGCUACCAAAUUCCAAAUUAAUAAAAUGUGGAGUGAUAUUUAGAUAAAAUAUAGUAAGUGCGAAUAAAAAGGUCAAAAUAAAUCAACUUAUUAUCAAUAAGAAUUACACAAUUAUUAUAAUUUUAUUCAACACAAUAUGUAAGUACUUAGUUGUAUUAUGUAUUUAUAAAAACUAAAACUAUUAUUACACUUCAAUUAUCAUUAUUUGAUGCGGGUGUAUCGAUGUGUAAAUGAAGCUGCGAGCAUUCAAAGACAGUAACAACGACUAAUAACAAUACACUGAAAGCGCAAUAUGCAUAGUGAUUAAGAAAGAGAAGUAUUUGCGUUAAUUAAUUACUUUAUAGUUGUACAGAAUUAAUAUUGGACUUCAGCUAAACAGCAGCACUAUCGCCAUUUUGUCAAUUUUUUUAAAUGUCUCUCACUUUUCAAUUGUAUAUCGGAAAAUCUUAAGGCCUUGUCAUAAGAAAACUGCGCUAAACACUAGACUAGAAAUGUUGAUUCAUUUAAAAUGGCAACAAAUGCUGUUAUCUGCUAGACUUGCAAUUUUGUCUUUAUUUUUAUACCCUGUACCCAAAGGGUACAAGGGUAUAUUAGUUUUGUGCGAGUGCACAUGGAACACACAGAAGGAGGCUUGGUAGA